AUGAUUAACUCUACGAGUGUUCAAGAUACCCAGAAGGAGUGGGAGGGAGUACCGGAGGUAGUUGCCAGUGGCUCGGCCAGCGAGAUUGGCUUCACUCAUGGCAGUCAAAUCCCCAGCCGGAUUAGAACAGCGAUCGAGAAUUACAAAACGCUUUUCCAGGAGACAGCCGAUUGUGAUUGGACCGAGUCUAAGAAGCGAGCUUCUACAUAUCUUCCAUAUCUGGAACAACAUGACUCUGACUUGGUAGAAGAAAUGCGCGCUGUCGCUGAAGGUGCUGGGGUCGACUUCCUGGACAUUCUUGCUCUCAACUUGCGCAGCGAGAUCUCUUUGACCAACUACUCUGAUGGAUGCACAUCUGUCGUCUCCCAAAACCCUAAAACGUCCGAGGUGUUCCUCGCGCAGAAUUGGGACUGGGUAGGCGAGGCAGGAAAGUCGACUGUUUUCUUCGACUUCCACAAGACUGGCAAGCCACGUAUUCGAAUCAUGGGUGAGGCUGGAAUCCUCGCCAAGUUUGGUAUCAAUGAGCACGGUCUCGGCAUUUGUAUGAAUGCUAUCAGGUGCGGCACGGUGAACAAGAAUGCACUACCGGUGCACCUGGCCAUGAGACGUGUGCUGGAAUGCAAGUCAUUCGAUGAGGCGUAUAGUAUGCUGGAACAGAAGGGAGUGGCCUCUUGUGUGAACUUUAUGAUGGCUGAUCGCAGUGGGAAGCUGGCUACAAUUGAAUGUACACCAAAGGGCCUAGCACCAAUCUAUCCGGAACCUGGCAGUACGACAACCUUCCACACAAAUCAUUUGUGGUCUCCCAAUGUGCCUGCCGGUAUAGUUGAUCACCCUUCGAAGAACUCUUUCUCGAGAUUGGAGAGGAUCAGGGAAUUGAGCAAGGGUGAAGCCGCGGAUAUGUCCAAGAUUCGAACUUGGCUCUCGGACGAGGUGGGCACGCCCGUGUCGAUAUGUCGCUCUACGCCGCCUCUUGCAAAGGGUAUUGAAAGAAUGGAGACUUUGGCGACAGUCAUCAUGGAUCUCCAGAAGCGGAAAUUGGAGGUUUCCUUUGGGAAGCCAUCGCUCUCCCCCCCUGUUAGAACCAUAUUGGUAGACUAG